AUGGUGCGUUGCGGGCGAGUGCUGACCGAGUGUCUCGUGCCUGACAGUCAGCUCGUGGAGCUGAAAAACAGCGAAACGUUCAACGGGCAUCUGGUUGCCUGCGACAACUACAUGAACAUCACGCUGCGCGACGUAUACCAGACGAGUGCGAGUGGCGAGCAGUUUUGGAAGAUGCCGGAGGUGUACAUCAAGGGCAGCACGAUCAAGUACUGCCGCGUGGUCGAUACGCUGAUCGACACGGUGCGCGAGGCCGAGGAGCAGGCGCGCAAGCAGCGGCAGCAGGCCGCCAGCCACGGCCACCGCGGGCGCCACGACGGCCACCGCGGCCGCGGCCACCGCGGUCCCCGCACGCGGACCUAG